CCAAAUUUAUAUGUUGCGUUAUAUUUCACAAUAGUUGUAAAAUUUAAUUAGUUACAGUUCCAGUUACUAUAUCUCAUCAACGUUUUAUUCCAAGCGUAACACCGUAACGCUACCAUUUAUUGUUAUUGCACACGCUAAUCCAGAGCGAUUACGAGCGCGGAGACUGUUUGAACAGUUGUGUAGAAAAUAUUAUUGUUAUCGUUAUUUACGUCAUUGUAAAUAAUUUGGCAGUGUUCCCUUGUUGUGUUACGUUUUUGUUGACUCACAAGCGCUUGAAUCGACGAGCUAGUGACUGGGGACCGCUUCGACCUUGAACCUACAACAGCUGUUUUGAGAAUGGACUCCUUCUUCAGCUUAUUCGACCCGUCGGACGGCAACCAGGGCAAGGCUAAGAGGAAACAGCAGAAACCCGACCAGGACAAUGUUAAGAAGAAAGAUCCGCCUAAGGGCAGGCGAAGAGGCAGGAAGACACAGGGCAAGAAUGAAACUCUACCAGAAGAGUCCUCAUUCCUCUGCGAGCCGGAGCUGAGCGCAGAACUGCUCAUGAAGGACGGCAGCUACUUUGAGAGCUACAUCGAGAUGAAGAAAGAAGAUCCUAAAGCGGACGACAAAAAGCCGAAGCGACGCAACUCUGGACGCAAGAACCGCAGACGGAAAAAGGUGUCGCCCAUCAAAGAAGAGCAGGCAUGGAACAACACGACCUGUGUGCCGUCAGCCGACAACGUCAGCGAUCUGCGCGACUAUGAUGAUGUGCACGGCGUCAUUGACAAACUGGAAAAGGUGAUCCUGAAGGAUGACACGUACCUCGCAGGAGAGUUUAAUGCCGAGGAUCUUCACAACGAGGCGUGGUACAGCUCAGAUGAUGUUGAGAGCUUGGAUGACGACACUAAUUCUGAGUCGGAGGACAGCGGGAGCGAAGCCCACGGCAGCCUGCCCCCGGAGCCCCGGUUCGGCAACGUGGAGUACAAACUGCAGCUGGUGGCGCCCUGCGAGAGGCGCUUCCAGCAUCUAGUCACACAGCUGAAAUGGCGCCUCCGUUCCGGCGGCGGCGCGGCCGUGUACCUGGUCGGCGUGCGCGACUGCGGAGCGCUGCGCGGGCUGCGCGCGCGCGCCCUGCGCGGCUCGCUGCACACGCUGCGCCGCAUGGCCGCCGCGCUCGGCGCCUCCCUGCACCACGUCACCGCGCGCCAAGUGCGCCAGCACCGCGCCGUGGCCGAGGUCUACAUCAGGAAGUUGGCAGACACGCAGCAGAGUGUGGAACUGAGGGUGGCAGUCAUGGGGGCUAACGAGGCCGGCAAGUCUACGCUAAUAGGAGUCCUAACUCAAGGUGAACUGGACAACGGGCGGGGGAGCGCUCGCCUGAACAUGUUCCGUCAUCUACACGAAGUGAAAAGUGGACGGACAUCGAGCCUUAGCCACGAGAUACUCGGGUUCGAUGCUCAGGGCAACGUGGUGAACUACGGGUGCUCCGAGCUGAUGACGGCAGAGCGGAUCGGCGAGAGGAGCGCCAAGCUGGUGUCCUUCCUGGACUUGGCCGGCCACAGCAAGUACCAGCGCACCACUCUGCACGGCCUCACCGGAUACUGCCCGCACUUCGCUAUGCUUCUAAUAUCAGCGACGGCCGGCAUCACCCGCAUCACAGAAGAGCACAUAGGCCUACUUCUAGCGCUGGACUUGCCAUUCUUCUGCGUGGUCAGCAAGUGCGAACUGGCGGCUAUACAACCGCUACUGACAAGGCUACAAGACAUAUUGGCAGCUCAUAACAAGAAACCACUUCUGAUAUCCGACGAGAACAUGGCUCGCAACUGCGUGGGUCCACAGAAGCUGAUACUCGACACCAUUGACGGAGUGGACAUGGAUGAUAAUGAUGAUGAGCCGGCGAUGGAACAGAUCCCAGUGUUCCCAGUGAGCUGCGUAAAGGGCGCGGGUCUCAACGCGCUACAUGCGUACCUGCUCGCUCUUCAACCAGCCACGGAGUUACCCCCACCCGACCAUGAGACGUGCGAGUUCCAAAUAGACGAGAUAUUCCACGUGGGCGACUCGCUGGAACCUGUCGUGGGCGGGCUGCUGGCGCGAGGCACGUUGUAUGAAGGAGACAACCUCAUCAUAGGCCCCCUGGACACGGGCGAGUUCGUCCCCAUCUCGGUGAAGAGUAUCUACCGGAACCGCGUGCCGUGCGGCUGCGUGCGCGCCGGGCAGUCGGCGUCGCUCGGGCUGGCGGGCGCGGCGCCCGGCCUGCGCCCCGGCAUGGUGCUACUGGAGGACCCUAGCGACCCCAGGGGAUGCAUGUACUUCCAGGCCACUAUCCACGUACUGAGACACUCUACAGCCAUCUCGCCGGGCUUUCAGUGCACGGUUCACGUCGGGAACGUCAGACAGACCGCCAUCAUCGAGGGUAUAAUGUCUCACGACGCGUCCCUGCGGUGCGGCGAGUCUGCGCCGGCGCUGUUCCGCUUCCUGCGCUGCCCCGAGCACCUCGUGCGGGGGCGGCGCUUGCUGCUGGCCGCCGGCGGAGGCACCAGGGCCAUCGGGCGCAUCACGCAGAUAUUCCCCUACGUGCCGUGAACGUGCUCUUUUUGUACUCGGAAUCAACAUACUUCAUGACUACAACUAUACAGUCAUGAUGAACAAAAUGAGGGUCUACUGGUGAAACCAACUUAUCGUUGAGCAAACUUUUUUUUGAAAUACGAACCAUGUGCACUUUUUUUAUGAGGAACAGGUAAACCAUUUGACCACAAUCUCACCUGAUGGAAAGUGCAUGUGCUCAAAAUUUCCACUAUGUUGUUAUUUCAAGGACAAAUUAUCUCGAUUUAUCGGGUUACACCAGUAAACCGUCGAAAUAUCAGUUUUUUUUUCCUUUUAAACGAUUAGAACAUCGUCGAUGCUCGUGGAAAUGUACUCAGUACAGUCUGACAAAAAAGAGAAAAUUAAAAAAUGGCAACAUCGUAUUGUCCUCCCGUUUUGUAACUCACGUUUGUGCAUUCGGUUACGCACACAGACUGUUCGCAUUUUCACGAACGUGUCAUGCUAUUUCAGUCAGUCUCAGUACAAUAUGUACUGACAUUGACUGAACUAGCAUGACAAAUACGAACG